AUGGCUUCGUCCAUGUUCCAGCCUUCUUUCGAGCCUGUUCGACCCCAGACUCAUCAAAGAAUCCAUACGACUCCUGUUGGGUCUCCGAGGAUCCACCGAUCUGCUUCUCAGCAGUCUCUCAACUUACCUCCGAGCAGUAAUUACUCCCCUAGCACUGGUCAUGAACAGUCUCCUCAUCCAAUGUCAGCCUACCCUCAGGCUUACCGAGCUUACCAGCCUGCUUCGAUGUCCCUUCCCACUGGUGGACCCUAUUAUCAGAGUGUCUAUCCUAGUACCGCACCUCCGCUCUCUUUCUAUCCCAAUACUACUCCUAUCUACGAUCCUAGGGGAUCUCAACCCAUGAUCCGUACCGUCAGUCAUGCGCAUCCCAUGAAUUCCGCCACCGAUGCUACAGUAUCUUCCAGGUAUUCUUCCUCUCCUCAUUCCGCUACAGGACCUCUUAAUGAAGUACCAGCAACUGCUUCGGGUCAACAACUCAACCCUUAUCACGCUCUUGGAUUCAAUCCUCCUUCAUUCAAUUUUAACCAGAAUGACCCCGAUUCGAAACAUAUCAAUCCAAAUAUCUUUCAAGCUCAGCCAAGCAGCAGCUACUCCAUGUCUCGAUCCACAUCUGGCGCGAGCGAUAUGGCUCUGGAGACUACUAGACUUGUCACUCCUGCUUUCGAAUACAGGCAAGAUCGACUCAGUCCAGCAGCACACGAUCUACGAAAAGUAUCUGAUACUCUCGGAGACGGAGGCAGAAAACUUUGGUCUUCCACGCUGACUCCUAGCUUCGAUCUCCAGCCUCAUUCACAUCAGUAUAGUCCUCAUCCUCAACCUGACAGUAUCUUUUUCGGUGACAGAGGAUACGGUAAUGAUCAAUACACUAUGUCAGCUGAAAGAGGUGAUACUAAAGCCGAUAUUCUCGCUUACGGUGACACAGAAUAUGAAAGAGAAAGGCAAGCCCAAAUCAUGGACAACAAGAAGCUGCUCGAAGACGUGGGACUUGGAAAUCCCGGCACAUUUGGAUUUCGUGCCGAAAGGAACAGCAGUGGCACUGGGAGCCGUAGAUCUCGUAAAGCCUCCACACCAUUCAAGCCACGUCUUCGACUUGACGCACCUGUUCGAGCAUCUCCUCGCAUUAGGGAAAUGGGACGAAAUGUUUCUUACGCCAAUCUCGACGAUGAUCAACAUACUGCCAGAAGUGAUGAUGAAGAUGAAUAUGAUUCAGAUACCGCUCGAGAAGAAGAAGAUGAUUUCAGGCCUAGCAAACGAUCUAGAGGAUCCAAGUCCGGCUACAGGACCAAAUCAGCUUCUUUCACCAAUACUCCAAAGAUGAUCGCUAAGCCUCAGCUUUCACUAUGGGGUCUUCUUCAAGUCUACGCCGAUAUUCCUCACCUAUUUCCUUUGUUCUAUUACACUCUGAACAAUGACCUCACCAUCAACUCUGAUUCCGUGCCUUUGAUUGGGUCCAUUCCAUCAACCUGUACCCCAAUGGAGAAAGCCGAUACUCUUCAAGCCUUCUUCCAUCGUGGAAGGAGAGUUCUAGCUCAGCUCGAUGCUUUUACCGCUCGAUGCGAUAGGAAGUACGAAGGUCCCGAGCAAAAAUGGCCUGAGCUUGACUACCAUACAAGAAUCGCUGUAAGAGAUGUCCGAAGAAAGAUCGUCGAGAGAUGUGAGAAUUACAAGUACACCAGGAGAGAUAUUCUUGACAAAUUUGUUGGGAAAAACAAAUGGCAAUCCAUAGAUUCCAAUCUCAUCGAAUGGAAACCUGGCAUGACUCAGAACGAUCCUGCAGGUGAUCUUGCCAAUGUAACUUUGACAUUACCCACUCCACCUCCAGAAGUUUACAAUCAACAAUAUCGAUAUCAAAAUGCCUAUCCUGAUCGUAUAAUCAAAGCUUUCCCUCGAUCAAGAAUGUCAUCAUCGAUAGCACCAAGAAUAGCCAGUAUCACAAUGGGUGAGCCUGAAGAUGUAUAUUCAGCAAACCCACAAACAGCCAACUACCCUCCUCCUAUGAGUGGUAUGCAAAUGUAUUCAGCUUAUUCUUCAGCUGCUCCACCCAUGUAUGGUGAAGACCAAGUUCCCCUGGAAGUUCAAAUGCCUCCUGCUUCUGCACCUGUGAACAUGGGUCUAUCAACUAGUUCAAGUAUGAGUAGAAUGAUCGAUUCGGCUAUGGCACCAACAGCAACUUCCAAUUUCAAUUACUGGGAUGAUGUAAGAGGUAUAAAACGAUCGAGAAGUCAAGAUGAUAACGAUGCGCAAGAUGAUCAAGCUCAAUCCCAAUCUCCUGAAAGUGAAGAAGAUCUUUAUACCAGUGGAAACGUUUGA